CUGUGGCCUCGGCCGGGGCCUCGGGUCUCUCCCGGGCGUGAGCGCUCAGGCACCUCUCCUUCGGCCGGAUUAACCCGGGCAAAGAGGAAACGGCCACGAAGAGAGGAGGCAGUGAGGAGCCGAGAGAACGCGCGGCGCCUCCCGCCCCGGCACCAUGGCUGGGCUCAUCAAAAAGCAGAUCCUGAAGCACCUCUCCAGCAAUACCUGCUGGCUGUGGUGGAGAUUGGUGUGUUGUGAAUUUCAUAAUCACCCAAAUGAGUACCAGAGGAGUCUAAGAAACCCUGGCAACUGACUACUUGCUUUCACCAGGAAUUAGGGGCCUUUUGUCUGAAAUUCCCUGCCCUCAGGUUCGUUAGUAGAAUAGGAAUAUCUCCUCCUAUGAUGUAGUCUGCAGCAAAGUAAACAAAAUGUGAUAUGCACUGCCUUUCAUAGUGCCUGGAAAAUAGUGGAUACUCACUAAAUAUUCAUAAAUUUGCAAGGCAGUGAGAACCAGAGCUCGAUUACAUGUGGGAAUAUGAUUUAAAUGUAUGACAAAAACACUGUAAGCUUUCUGUAAGAGAGCUACAGACAAGAGAGUUCAAAACAACAAGUAAUAAAACCAUGUUGAAAAACCUGGAUUAAGCCUGGCCGGUGUGGCUCAGUGGACUGAGUGUCCUCCUGUGGACUGAGAGAUUUACCAAAAAUUUAUCUCCUGACAAGAUAAAUCUAAGUACUCUUAAAGGAGAAGGUGAACUGAAGAAUUUGGAGUUGGAUGAAGAGGUGCUCCAGAAUAUGUUGGACUUGCCAACAUGGCUUGCUAUCAACAAAGUUUUUUGUAAUAAAGCAUCUAUUAGGAUCCCAUGGACAAAACUGAAGACACAUCCUAUCUGUUUGUCCCUAGAUAAAGUAAUAAUGGAAAUGAGUACAUGUGAAGAACCACGAAAUCCUAAUGGCCCAUCACCAAUUGCAACUGCUUCAGGACAAAGUGAAUACAGCUUUGCUGAAAAAGUAGUUGAGGGAAUUACUGUUUCUGUAAAUUCCAUUGUCAUCCGCAUUGGAGCAAAAGCCUUCAAUGCAUCCUUUGAACUUUCCCAGCUACGGAUCUAUAGCGUGAAUGCAAACUGGGAGCAUGGAGAUUUAAGAUUUACUCGUAUUCAGGAUCCACAGAGAGGAGAGGUUUUGACAUUUAAAGAAAUAAACUGGCAGAUGAUUCGAAUAGAGGCAGAUGCUACCCAAAGUUCACAUCUUGAAAUUAUGUGUGCUCCUGUUCGAUUAAUAACCAACCAAUCAAAAAUCAGAGUCACACUUAAAAGAAGAUUAAAGGACUGCAAUGUCAUUGCAACAAAAUUAGUUCUAAUAUUGGAUGACUUAUUAUGGGUUUUAACGGAUUCUCAGUUGAAGGCUAUGGUACAAUAUGCAAAAUCUCUUAGUGAAGCAAUAGAGAAAUCAACAGAACAAAUGAAGAGUAUGGCUUCUGAACCUACACAGAGCUCUACAGUAGCCCCAUCUACGCAGCCAGUGAGGACACCACAGACUUCAAGUGCUCCUGAUCUACACGGUGCAAUUGUGAAACUAUUCAAUGACUUUGAUGUCAAAGAAACCUCCCAUCAUUUAGUGAUUUCUCAUCUAGAUCUACACAUAUGUGAUGAUAUUCAUGCUAAAGAAAAAGGAAUCCCUGUCCUGGUGGACUUUCAGCAGCCACUAACCUUGCCUGAGUCAAAUAGACGUAUUACUGGAGGGGCUAUGCAACUAUCUUUCACAAAACUAACUAUAGAUUAUUAUCCUUAUCACAAAGCAGGAGAUAGUUGUAAUCAUUGGAUGUAUUUUAGUGAUGCAACCAAGACAAAAAAUGGUUGGGCCAGUGAGUUGUUACAUGAAUUUGAGUGCAACGUUGAAAUGCUUAAACAAGCUGUGAAGGAUCAUAAUGUAGGUUCACCUCCUAAAUCCCCAACACAUGCCUCUCCCCAGCACACACAAACAGAGAAAGAUUCAGCUCUCAAAGGGACUUCCAGAACACCUUCAGUAUUAUCUCAACAAUCCAAAGCUAAAUUAAUGUCUAGUUCUGUUGUGGUUAGACUUGCAGAUUUCAAUAUAUACCAGGUCUCUACAGCAGAACAGUAUCGUUCUUCCCCUAAAAGUAUGAUUUCUUGCAAUAAAAAAUCUCUGUAUCUUCCACAAGAAAUGUCAGCUGUCUAUAUAGAAUUCACAGAAUAUUACUAUCCAGAUGGAAAGGAUUUUCCAAUUCCAUCUCCCAACCUUUAUAGCCAGCUGAAUGCACUACAGUUUACUGUGGAUGAAAGAAGUAUUCUGUGGUUAAAUCAGUUUCUGUUGGAUUUAAAACAGAGCCUUAGUCAAUUUAUGGCUAUAUACAAGUUGAAUGAAAACUCAAAAUCUGAUGAGCAUGUUGAUAUUCGAGUUGAUGGCUUAAUGCUAAAGUUUGUUAUUCCUUCUGAAAUGAAAUCUGAAUGUCAUCAAGAUCAACCACAUGCAAUUUCUAUUCAGAGUUCUGAAAUGACUGCCACAAAUACAAGGCACUGUGCAAACUGUCGACAUUCUGAUCUAGAAGCCUUGUUUCAAGACUUUAAAGAUUGUGACUUUUUCAGUAAAACAUAUACCAGCUUCCCCAAGUCAAGUGACAAUUUUAAUCUUCUGCAUCCAAUCUUCCAGAGACAUGCUCAUGAACAAGAUACCAAAAUGCAUGAAGUUUAUAAAGGGAAUAUUACUCCCAAGUUGAAUAAACACACUCUUAAAACUUCUGCUGCCACAGAUGUUUGGGCUGUGUACUUUUCUCAAUUUUGGAUAGAUUAUGAAGGGAUGAAAAGUGGAAAGGGACGACCAAUAAGUUUCAUAGACUCUUUCCCUCUUUCCAUCUGGAUUUGUCAACCAACUAGGUAUGCAUUGUCUCAAAAGGAGCUGCAGACUUGUAAUCAGGUAUCUCUAAAUACAUCACAAAGUGAAUCCAGUGAUCUGACUGGUCGUUUGAAGCGGAAAAAACUCUUGAAGGAGUAUUACAGUACAGAGUCUGAGCCCUUGACAAGUGAUAGUCAGAAAUCUUCAAAUACAUUUUUAAGAUUUUCCUCUUCAUCAUCAGAUGCAGAUAUUCACAUCCUGGUUCAUGUUCAUAAACACGUCAGCAUGCAGAUCAAUCACUACCAGUAUCUGUUCCUGCUUUUCCUCCAUGAGUCACUUGUUCUGCUUUCAGAGAACUUAAGGAAUGAUGUAGAAGCUGUAACUGGCAGUCCGGCUAGUCAGACAUCCAUUUGCAUUGGAAUUUUACUUAGAAGUGCAGAAGUGGCUCUUUUAUUACAUCCAGUGGAUCAAGCAAAUACUCCUGUUUCUGAAAGUGUGAACCCAAUGGUUUCUGAUUAUUUGUCUACAGAAAGUAGAGAAUUCUCAUCUUCAAAACGGAAACAAGUUAGUAAUGGUAUAAAUCAAAUUAGAAGUGCAACUGGUAAUCAUAUGUCAGACAACAGAUCUAUGAGUGUUGACCUUAGCCAUGUCUCUUUGAAGGAUCCUUUGCUUUUUAAAUCAGCUAGUGAUACAAAUCUGCAAAAAGGUAUUUCUUUUCUAGAUUAUUUGUCAGAUAAAAAUUUAGAGAAAAUAAGUGAAGAUGAAAGUAGUGGAAUUCUUUGCAAAAGUGGCUCAAGGGAAAUUGGAUUAGAAACAAUGGACAAAAAGGAUGUAUCUUGUACAGAUUCAGACAGUGUCUUAAACUACAGAGAACAUUCAGGUAUGCUGUCAUUUGAUCAUGAUGGUAAUCAAAACAUGCUUUCAAAUAGUUUAACUAGUAAAGAAAAUGAAACCAUAGAGUUGAUCUUUAAAGGUGAAGAUUUGCUUCCAGAAACAGCUUCACUCUCUGAGAACCUGGAAAUCAGUAAAGAAGAAGCACCCACAGUUAGAACACUUAAAUCACAGUCAUCUUUAAGUGGGAAGCCUAAAGAACGGUGCCCAUCGAACCUGGCUCCGCUCUGUACUUCUUAUAAGAGCAUGAAAAGAAGCUCCUCACAAACCUCAUUGGAUACCAUUUCACUUGACAGCAUGAUUUUGGAAGAACAGUUGUUAGAAAGUGAUGGAAGUGAUAGUUUUCUGGAAAAAGGUAUUAAAAGGAAUUCCAGUACAAAUUAUCAGAGCUCAGCAGAUAGUGCAAAUGCCAGUACAAACCUACAGAAUGAUGGUGAAGCCUCUCCAGAUGCUGUCAGUACGAAUUCAGAGGGUACUCAAGAAAACCAUAGUGACCUGAUGUCAGUCGUGAUGUUUAAAAUUACUGGUGUUAAUGGGGAAAUUGACAUCCGAGGGGAAGAUACAGAAAUCUGUCUUCAAGUGGACCAAGUGACACCGCAUCAGUUAGGCAAUGUCAGUCUUCGGCAUUACCUUUGCAACCGUUCUGUAGGUUCUGAUCAUAAAGCUGUUAUUCAUUCAAAAUCCUCUCCUGAGAUUACUCUGAGGUUUGAAAGUGGGCCUGCUGCUGUGAUACACUCUUUGCUUGCAGAAAAAAAUGGAUUUCUACAAUGCCAUAUAGAAAACUUUAGCACUGAGUUUCUUACAUCUUCUCUUACAAAUAUUCAGCAUUUUUUGGAAGAUGAUACUGUUGCAACAGUGAUGCCAAUGAAGAUCAAAGUUUCUAAUACAAAAAUAAAUUUAAAAGAUGACAGUCCUCGUAGUAGUACAGUGUCCCUUGAACCAGCUCCUGUAACCAUUCAUAUUGAUCAUCUUGUGGUAGAGAGAAGUGAUGAUGGCUCGUUUCAUAUCAGAGAUUCUCAGGUGCUUAACACUGGAAAUGAAUUGAAAGAAAAUGUCACAAGCGAAUCAGUGCCACUUACCAGUGGACAGUAUGAUCUGAAGGAACAGCACAGUGUCACUCAAGCCACUCAGACAAGCCCAGAGGUUCCUUGGCCUUCUCAGUCGGUCAGCUUUCCAGAGUGCUCCUUUGUUUUGACUAGGGAGCAGCUCAUGGAAGAGAAUGAAUCUCUUAAACAGGAAUUGGCUAAAGCUAAGAUGGCUCUUGCAGAGGCUCACCUGGAGAAGGAUGCUCUUCUUCAUCACAUAAAGAAGAUGACGGUUGAAUAGCAGGCGUGGCCGUCAAAACUCACAUUAUAGCUCUGCAGUUGGGAGGUUAUAUUUAUAAUGAGAUGUUACCAAUUAGUGGGAGAAUUUCCUUUUUGUGAAAAGACAAUAAAAUGAAAUGGAAUGUGAUGAAUGGUGACUAUUCCAAAGCCAGUUUAGGAAGUAUUAGGUACGAGCAUUACAGUCUUUUGGUUGUUUUGUGUUUGGGGUUUAACCCUCUUUUAAACUGGUGUGAUAUAGGGAAGUCAACACAUACUGUAAAGUAAUUACAUGUCUAAUGAAAAGAUGUCAUUUUCUAAUUUUGAUAUCACUAUAGGCAUUUUUUAAAAAGAAAAGUGAAAACCUAUUGUGUUCCACAGAUUACUUGAUUUAUCACUAUCUUAUAAUGAUUAUUAUCUACAAAGAUUCAAAUGCUUUGAGGGCUAAUGUAAAAUAAAAGGCUUACAUUUUAAGUGUUAUUAAAGUCAUGUACUUAAAUCUAUAAUUAUCUAAUUACUGUAAAAAGUCCAAUCAGAAUAAUAAAUUAUAUAAUUACUGGGUUUGAAAAUUCUGGAACAUCAUCACCCUACUGAACUUA